AUGUCGACCAAAAAGUCAAUGCGGUCUAUCAUGGCCAGAAUAACAGGUCAACACCGACCUCGCCUCACGAUACGACCGGACUACGAUUAUGUCUUCGUUAGCGGAAGUGGUGAAGAUGCAAAAGGCCAAUAUCUUCGCGGCAAGCUAUCACUCUUCAUCCCAGAGGGACAAAACAUCACCAGCGUUCAGCUGAAGUUAACUAGUCGAAUGUGGCUUGGAGACCACAAGGUUGACGCCGAAGAGGCUGUAAAAUGGCAACGGGGUGAGAGUACCGUUCAUCAAUGGAAGCCAUUCAAUGUCAACGAUAAAAUCGGAGAGCCGUUUAAGAAUGGCAAGAAUUUUGAAUGGGCUUUUGAGUUGUUCAUUCGAGGUGAUCAGGAGGAAUCGUUCAAGGGUUGUACGCGAUGCAGUAUCACAUACCUACUUGAAGCAUGGACGGUGGAUGGAAAUUCAUCGAACAGCUUCAAGACGUUUUCACCGAUUCGAAUCAUUCGUACACCGGGGUUCUCUUCGUACGAACUCAUGGAUCCGACGACUGUGCAGGGGAAGUGGUCUGAGAAAGCGGAGUACAACGUAUCCAUUCGACAUCGAGCGAUUGCGCUGGGAGGAUUGAUUCCUAUCGAAGCUCACCUUGCGCCGCUCGACCCGGCGGCGAAGAUUACACAAGCCAGAUUUUUCUUGCGGGAAAAGCACGACGUGGCGAAUGAGCCUGAUGUAGAAGAGCCCGGGUAUGAGGGACAGCGGAUAGUGACGGAGUGGCCGUUGGAGUUGAGCGAUGAACCUCAGCAGCGGUGGCAGCAAUGUCUACACCUGCCAAUCGCUGUGAGGAACUGCUCGCCUGACUUUUCAGUUUGUGGAGUCUCCAUCUCGCAUUCGCUGCAUUUUGAGGCUACGAUAACUAACAAUGGCGUCACGACGGAGGAGGAGAUCUCAAUGCCAAUACAUCUCUUCAUCUCGCCGGAACUGCCAGUGAAUGGCUGGGGUGUUUUCGUGAGGGAUCAUGUCAUUGCUGCAAAGGAGGUUAAGAGCCUUUUGGCAGAGGGUAUUAGUGUUCCGCCGAAAUACUGCAAGGGGGACUUUGUGGUGGAGGAUCAUGAGGUUCCUCCUCCAGCGUAUAGCGAAGCAUGA